CCGCCGGCGACCAGGUCGUGUCGUCCCACCGUGCGGCUCCGUGAGCAGCCUCCGAGUGCGUCCCGGUGCCAGUGACAGUGCCUGUGUGUGUGUAUGUGUGUGCUUGUGUGAAUGCCAGUGAAGUGCAGUGACAGGACGAGGUGUGUGUGGCGUCUUGGGCAGGUGGACUGCCAUUACACUUAAAAUUCGAAUAGUGUAUUGUGUGAGUUGUUGCGCUCGGCGUGAAGAGGCAAGUUUUGUCAUUCGUCGGCCCAUAAUCCAGGAUGCGGAGCUGAGCGACUCCUUCAUCAUCCCUCUCGCGUCGUCAUUCCAGACGCAUGACCAUCAUGUUCCAGACCAGUUGUGCCGUCAACUCAGACAUGUAUCCCGAGUCAACGUCGAGCGGUACAACUGGAUACCUUCAGCAACAGCAACAGCAGCAAUCCCAACAGCAACAGCAGGCACAGACUCAACAUCAGCAGCAACACCACCAACACCAACAGCAUCACCACCACCAACAUCAACACCAUCACCAACAGCAGGAGCAGCAACAGCAGCACCAGCACCAGCAACAGGACCAUCAACAGCCUGUGUACGUGCCCUCGACGCGGGCGGUGCUGCCCCCGCAGUACUCCUCGGCGGGCGCGGCGGGCGCGUGGGGGUCCUCGUGGGGCGGCCACCAGUCGGGCCACGAGGGCUACGUGUCGCAGUAUCCCCACCACGCCGCGCACCACGCCCUCUACGCCCAGAACAUGAUGAUGGGCCCGUGGCGGGCCUACGACAGCGCCGCCUUCCAGCGCGCCUCGCCCUACGAUGGUACCAUGGAGUUCCAGUUCGGAGAGGGCCGCGAGUGCGUCAACUGCGGCGCCGUGUCGACGCCGCUGUGGCGCCGGGACGGCACGGGGCACUACCUGUGCAACGCGUGCGGCCUGUACCACAAGAUGAACGGCAUGAACCGGCCGCUCGUCAAGCCCUCCAAGAGGCUGGUGAACGAGGUCAGCAACCUGUGCCAUCCCCUGGAGACGGCCACACGGCGCCUAGGGCUGUGCUGCACCAACUGCGGCACGCGCACCACGACGCUCUGGCGGCGCAACAACGAGGGCGAGCCCGUGUGCAACGCGUGCGGCCUGUACUUCAAGCUGCACGGCGUCAACCGGCCCAUCAGCAUGCGCAAGGACGGCAUCCAGACGCGCAAGCGAAAGCCCAAGAAGCAGCAGCAGGGCGGGGCGAGCCAGGCCGCCGCCUCCACCACCGCGGCCUCCGCGGCCUCGUCGCCGCUCUCCUCCUCCAGCGACACCAAGCACUCGUCUGGGGCCGGCGACAAGCAGGCGCAGUCUCCCGAACAAGGAAAGAAGCGUUCGGAAGGCGCGCUGUCCGCCAUGUACCAGGCGCACCACCUCGUCAAGACGGAGCCGCUGGCGCUCGGCGGGGGCCUUGGCGGCGGCCUCGGGACCCUGGGGCACCUCGGGUCUCUCGCCCCCGGGGUCGGCUACCCGGGCACGCACGUCCCUUUCACGGCGGCGCAGCAGUUUGGCCUCCCCAGUCACCACCACGCGUCGGCGUCGGCCUCGCCGCCGGGGACGCUCACCGCCGACUACCCCCAUCAUCACCACCACCACCAUCACCACAGUCACCACCACAGCAAACUCAUGGCAUCGUCAUAGCGCGGGCCGUGGUGGCCAGCGGCGGGGGGUAGUGCCGUAGACCUGUAAACUUUCUGUCGCGUGGAGUAUGUCCGUCGUGAUUCUGACGCGGGAUAGUGAUAGUUGUAUUCCUACCGGGUCGCUCUCCAAAAUAUUUAGUGCCGGACAAUAUUUCUCCAGCAGCUUAAAGCAGUUAUGUCCCUCAGGAUACACUUCGUAGGUGAUUGUCUGCGGUACUGCCCUUUACGCGCUGGCCCGGGGAGGCCCUACCACGCAAUCUGUGAUCGAGCUCUAUCCUGGCUCUCUUCAAGUUACUUCUUAGUCGGACAAAAAUAAUGAUUACAAUUUGAAGCAAUCUAGAUUUAUUGUCAUAGGUGUAAGAGUAUUGUACCAAAGUGCGCACUUCUAUUUAGUCUUAUGAGCAAAAACUAUCUGUUAAUUAGUGUGUGUAAGUCUACUGCACGUAUCUUUAUCACGAGAUAUUGGCAUUUAUAAGAUAUUUAUAUAUACAUCUAUAUCUAUACUUAUUGUAUAUGUUAUGUGUGUCUUGUGAUUCGUCGACAUAGUUGGUCAA